CUCAAGGCCCCUCUCUCCAUUUCAGAAACUCUCUCUAACUGUGUAAUAAACACAUAGAGCUAGCUCACGAAUCACGAUGGUGGUCGAUGUGGAGAGCCGUGCCCCGAGCGUGACGGGAGGGAAGACAGCGGCGCGUGGCUGCGACUUGUGCAUGAAGAGAUCACGUGCUAGUUGGUACUGCCCAGCUGACGAUGCUUUCCUAUGCCAAAGCUGCGACGCUUCCAUCCACUCGGCUAACAGUUUGGCGAAACGUCACGAACGUGUCCGGUUACAAUCCUCUUCGUCUCCGGAGCUUCCGAUGAAGACAAAGACGGCAGAAAAGACGACUUCCGUGUGGUACGAAGGGUUCAGGAGAAAGGCGAGAACGCCUAGGAACAAGCUCUUUCAGAUUGAAGAUGUGAAUAAGAAUUCUAACGAUCCUCUUGUUCCGGAUCUUGGCGUAGAAGAAGAAGAAGAUGGGGUUUUCUCGUUUUCUUCUACAGAUGAGAACGAUGCGAGUCUGAGCUGCUGCGUACCGGUUUUUGAUCCUUUCUCGGACAUGGUGAUUGAUGAUGACAGCUUCGGUUUAGUUCCUGAUGGAGUCCAUAUCACCAAUAGUAGCGGAGAAUUUGGAGAAAUCGAGAAGGCAAUCAUGGACGAUGAAGGUUUAGUUGGGUUCUUGCCGUUCGAUAUGGAUCUUGAGGAGAUCGUUAUGGACGUGGAGAGCUUACUUGAGGAAGAACAACCUUCCUUGGGAGUCAAGGAAUUAAACAGUAUUGGAGUCGUCAAAGAAGAGACUAACGUAGGGUUUGAGUUUGAUAGUAAGGAUUUGAAGAGGGUUAAAGAUGAGGAAGAAGCACAAGAAGAAGAAGAAGAAGAAGUCAAGUGUGAACAUGGAGAAUCGACGGAGGGUAGUGAUCGAGAAGCAUGUGAGGAUGAAGAUAGAAAGACGAGUUUGUUUCUGAGAUUAGAUUAUGAAGCUGUGAUUAGUGCUUGGGAUAAUCAUGGUUCGCCGUGGAAAACCGAAAUCAAACCGGAGUUUAAUCUCGACGAUUGUUUGUUGGAAGGGAACACGUAUCCGUCACAUGUGAUGGGUGGGUUUGAAGAGUGGACGUCGGCCGUCGGAUCAGUGACACGGCGGCAAGGGAGAGACGGAGGAGGAUCAGAUGUGGAGAGAGAGGCGAGGGUGUUGAGGUAUAGAGAGAAACGGAGAACGAGGUUGUUCGCGAAGAAGAUAAGAUACGAGGUUCGCAAACUUAACGCCGAGCAGAGACCUCGAAUCAAAGGUCGUUUCGUAAAAAGGACGUCACUUUCGCUGUGAUGUAAUUUACUUUACUUCAAUCAACACUUUCAUCAGUUUUAAUCGUUACUCAAGUACUGAACUAUAAAUGUAACUGAAAGAUCUUGGGGGCCGAUGGUUGUAGCAGGCCACUUAUGAUUUCAAGAAUAACCUAUCGUUAUACUUUGCAUUGCUUCAAGCAAUUUACUUGUUUAGUUGCAGUUUUAUUAUAGAUUGAUUGAUUGAUAGAUUAUUAAUGUGCUACUCUUUCAGUGUUUAUACUCGUGAAAGUGUCGCUUGUAAGAUAUGAUUAGAGUGUAUAUAUGUUGUUGAUAUUACUUGAAAAGUUGAAAUGGUUAAAAACUUGUAUGA